AUGACUGUCGACGUUUUUUCCGUGCCCGUCUUUCUUGUCGUCUUUCGAGAGAGCCUUGAAACCGUCAUCAUCGUGUCGGUUUUGCUUGCAUUUCUGAAGCAGACGCUCGAUGGACCAAACAGAGACUUGAAUGUGUACAAAUCUCUGCGCAGACAAGUCUGGCUUGGUACCGGCAUCGGCUUCCUCAUAUGUUUGAUUGCCGCAGGCGUCCUUAUCGGCGUCUUCUAUAAGCUUGGGCGCAACAGCUGGGAAGCCCACGAACUGUAUUAUGAGGGUGCUUUCUCAAUUCUUGCUGCCGUCAUUAUCACGAUAAUGGGAGCUGCCCUGCUCCGUAUCGGCAAGAUGCAGGAGAAGUGGCGCAUUAAGCUUGCGAAGGCCAUGGAAUCCCCCAUAAAAACUGGAGCCAACCGGGGAUGGCUUAAACAUUUUGCUGAGAAGUAUGCCAUGUUUGUUCUACCUUUUAUAACUGUACUUCGAGAAGGAAUCGAGGCCAUCGUGUUCGUCGCAGGCGUGUCAUUUUCAGCCCCGGCAACUGCCGUGCCUCUUCCUGUUGUCAUUGGUUUGAUUAUUGGUGCUCUGGUUGGCUACCUCUUGUAUAAGGGAGGUUCAACGGCCAAGCUUCAAGUAUUUCUUGUCAUAUCCACGUGCCUUCUGUAUCUCGUCGCCGCUGGUCUUUUUACUAAAGCUGUCGGGGACUUUGAGCAGCAAGCGUGGAACAACGUUGUUGGCGGUGACGCUGCGGAACUUGGGAACGGCCCGGGCUCUUACGACAUUGACAAGAGCGUGUGGCACGUCAACUGCUGCAGCCCGGAGCUAAACGGUGGUGGUGGGUGGGGAAUCUUCAACGCAAUCCUUGGAUGGACCAAUUCUGCCACAUAUGGCUCUGUGAUUGCCUACAACGUGUAUUGGAUCUUCGUCAUGGCAGGAUUCUUCCUCAUGAGAUUUCGUGAGACUCGCGGACACUGGCCCUUGAUGAAGCAGGGUGCCUCACAAAGGCAAGAUGGACUUGUUCGCGAAAUUCGCAGCGGAAAUGAGAUACAGUGUGGAGGCGGGGAAUCUGAUAAAUUAAAGGAGGCUACCGCCACGAAGACUGCAACAGGUUCUUCAUGA